UUCUUCCUUCCAUUCUCUCCUGUGGGGAAGGGGAGGCGGCAGCACGCUAGCGCUCGUUUUGUCAAGUUGCGGCUGCGGGCAGGGUGGAUGGUUGGAUGUGGGUGCUGCCGUGUUGAGUUGGGUUGGUGAAAAUGGAUGCCUGCCGUACUGUGUUUCACUUUGUGUUCUCGCCGUGCAUUGGGGACGGACGGGCGGGCGGAGGAGCGUGAUGGCGAUGUCUCUCUCUCUCCCUUUCUGCAAUGGGGAUGUUUCGUCCGUAACCUCUGCCUCCCCUUGUUCUAGUCCCCUACCCCGGCUCGUGCCUUGUGGUGGUGCGAGGAGGACGAGCUAGUGGCUUCCGUUGUGGCAGCCAUGCGCCCAAAAAGAUCGCCAAUUGCGUGCUCGACUACUUGACCAAAAUUACCAUCGUUUUCUUCUUCUUCUUGGUGCCCAGGCUCCUCUCCGCUCGUGGCCCGGCUUCCUUGGCUGCGCUGCGCUGCGGCGCCGGGUGUGCGGGUGGCAAGAUUGGCAUGCCAAGAUUCUCAAGUCUGAGUCAGUGAGCUAGCUGCCUGGUGCUGCUUGUCCGGGCAUGGAGAAAGCGCCGCAGACCGACGACGACGGCUUGCUGGCCUGCGGCGUCAUGGAGAUGGAUGACAUCGCGGUCGGCGACCUGGAUCUCAUGGAGGAGCUGUUUAUGGCGGCGCCGGGGUUCGAUUUCUCCGACUUCUCGCAGCCCGGGCCCGGCGGCGCGUCCCCGGGGUCCUGCUUCUCGCCGCUGUUCGACAUCUGCAGCACCACCACCACGGCGACUCCCCCGCCGGCGCCGGAGCCGGCGGGCGACGACGACCAGGCGGCGGCCGCCCCGCCGCCGCGCCGCGGCUGGGUGUUCCAGCCCCGCCACGAGGUCGAGGCCACGGUGAAGGAGCGGCUGCGGCGCGCGCUGGAGCGCAUCGCGUCGCUGUCGCAGACGCAGCCCGGGGAGCUGCUGGCGCAGGUCUGGGUCCCCACCGUCAUCGGCGACCGCCAGGUGCUCACCACCUGCGGCCAGCCCUUCUGGCUCGACCGCCGGAACGAGCGCCUCGCCAACUACCGGACAGUGUCCAUGAAGUACCAGUUCUCCGCCGACGAGACCGCGCGCGCCGACCUGGGGAUGCCCGGCCGCGUCUUCGUCGGCCGCGUCCCCGAGUGGACCCCCGACGUUCGCUACUUCUCCACCGAGGAGUACCCGCGCGUACGCCACGCGCAGUACUUCGACAUCCGCGGCAGCGUCGCGCUCCCCAUCUUCGAGCCCCGCAGCCGGGCAUGCCUUGGCGUCGUCGAGCUCGUCAUGACCACCGAGAAGGUCAACUACAAUGCUGAGAUCCAGAACAUCUGCAGCGCUCUCAAGGAGGUUGAUCUCAGAAGCUCUGAUGUUUCGAGUGAUCCCCGUGCAAAGGUGACUGAUACUUCUUACCGAGCAACCAUACCAGAGAUCGUUGACGUUCUCAGAACUGUUUGUGAGACACACAAACUGCCACUGGCCCAGACAUGGAUACCCUGCAUCUGCCAGGCAAAGAGGGGAAGCCGCCACACUGAUGAAAAACUCAAGUAUUGUGUGUCUACUGUGGACGAGGCGUGUUACGUCCGUGACCUAAAUGUAAAGGGCUUUCACGAAGCUUGUUCUGAGCAUCAUCUGUUCAGAGGUGAGGGUGUUGUUGGCAGGGCCUUCGGAACGAACGAGCCAUGUUUCUCCGAGGACAUUACCACCUCCAGCAAGGUCCAAUACCCUCUCUCUCAUCAUGCCAAACUUUUCAGCUUAAGGGCUGCAGUGGCCAUCCGGUUACGAAGUAUCACCACUGGAAGCCUUGACUAUGUCUUGGAAUUCUUCCUGCCAGUGGACUGUAUAGAGAUCGAACAGCAGCGAGCCAUGCUGAAUUCUUUGUCCAUUACAAUACAGCAAACAUGCUAUACGCUUCGAGUUGUCAGCUUGAAAGAACUCGUGGAUGAAGGAUCAAUUGAAACAAGUGCACUAACUCCACCAGAAUAUGCCAAAACUAUGCAUGAAAACCUAGAUGAGGUUUGUAGUGGCAUUGAUGCUCCUGCAAGGACAGCAUCACUGGAAACUUCUGAGGAGGUGUCCUCAUGGAUAGCAAGCCUUGUGUGCGCUCAAAAUAAGGGAGUGAAAGAAAUGGAUGGUGACCUGCCAUUUGGAUUCAGCAAACAAGAGGAUGAAGGGUUUAGUGUGACAGCUGGUUGGCAUACCACACCAGUAAUAGGGCCUGAAGGUAGCAUCUUUUCAGGGAUUAAGCAGCAUGAAGACUACAAGGUCAAGGAGGUAACAUGUCUCAGAGAUCCAAGCUCAUCCAAAUUGGGAAAAACUGUAGAGAAGAGACGGACUAAGAUGGAGAAAACUGUUAGCCUGGAAGAACUUCGGAAGCAUUUUGCUGGCAGCCUGAAAGAAGCUGCAAAGAAUCUAGGAGUGUGCCCCACUACACUGAAGAGAAUAUGCAGGCAGCAUGGAAUUAAUCGUUGGCCAUCACGGAAGAUUAAGAAAGUUGGGCACUCCUUGAAGAAAUUGCAAAUGGUGAUUGAUUCAGUACAUGGUAAUGAAGGAACUGUUCAGCUCAGCUCGCUCUAUGAAAACUUUACCAAGACCACAUGGUCAGAAAGAGAGUUACAGGGGGAUGCCUCUUAUCCGUUGUCUGAGGAAAAAGGUCUCUUGGAACCUUCUGUUCCUGAUCAGCACUGCGAGGGCAGAUUCACCUCGCAUACUUCUGGUUCUAAUUCCCUCUCCCCCUCUUGCAGCCAAAGCUCAAAUUCCAGCCAUGGUUGUUCCAGUGGUUCGAAAUCACAACAACAUGGCAGUGCUUCUCAACUUGCAGUAAAGAAAGAAGUUUUCAUGGAGGAGAAUCAGAGCUCCACACUACUCAAAGCUGCGAGCCAUGCGGAACUGCAGAUGUGUCCAGAAGAAAGACCUGUUACCCUGCCUAGGUCUCAUAGUCAAAUGCUUUUAAGUGAACAAAAACCAGUGGAAAACAUGACAGGUAUGCAAAUGUCUAAGCCUGAUUCUCUCAAGAUAAAAGCCAUGUACGGCGAAGAAAGAUGUAUAUUCCGGCUUCAGCCUAGUUGGGGAUUUGAAAAGCUAAAAGAAGAAAUUCUAAAGCGGUUCGGCGUUGCUCAGGAGAUGCAUGUGGACCUCAAGUACUUGGAUGAUGAAUCUGAGUGGGUUCUUUUAACAUGCGAUGCAGACCUGCUUGAGUGUAUUGAUGUGUACAAGUCAUCAAAUACUCAAACAGUAAGAAUCUCAGUACAUUCUAAUGGCCAGUAAGUGCUUGUUCCUUCCUUUGGUCAAACCGGUUUGUCCUGACAAUGGCACAAAACUCAUCAGGAUGCAGAAGAAAGCAUCCUGUCUCUCUUUGAAGUAAAGAGUUUGUUGACAUUGUCCUCAGUUUCAAGUCAUAAUCAUAUAUGCACAAGCAGCAUCUGUAAAUACCUAUACUCAUGUUAUCAUCCAAUGGUCAAGUGCCUAGUAAGUUCUGUCUGUUGCUGCUUGGUGGUUCUAUGGCAGAAUCGGAGUAAGCUGCAUACAGUCUUAACAGAAGAUGGGACUUUUGUACCUCUAGUUCAGUUUCUUAACAGUACAGGUAGUUUGUUGAAUGUUACAAACUAGUGUACAUCAUUAUAGGUCAGAGGGUGGAACCAGUAGGAAUUUGUCGAUAUGAAGCUUUGGAUUAGGUUAAGCAGUCACGACCAAGUUACAUCGCACUUGUAAGUUCUUCUGGAAUCAACACAAGUAUGACCACACCAUCAUGUGUCGUUUUAGUGGGCAUGAUGAGAUUUCUUCUCGCCAGUAGCAAAAGGUGUUGAGCAGAGAGCACCUGGAGUGAUGACAGGGGAACAAUACGAGCUCAUAUCCGGUCAAAUGUGAUUUUUGUUGGUUCAAGGUCAAUGCUAGUUUUUCAUGUUGCUUCAACCACACAGAAGGGAUGGUGGUUUUUGGUAUCCUGAAUAAUUCUACAGUUAGAAGGCAGGAGAUAUCUCAGUCUCCUAGACGACAUUGGACCAUAGAGAUUUUCCUUUGUUUCGCUCUUAUUUUUGUUCAGCGGUGGAAUUCCCAAGUACUUUGAGGUAGCCUUGUGUGUAAUCUGUCCUCAAAUUUGCAACAUGUAUAUUUGUUUCAUAAUAACUCAAAUCUGCAUUAGCUUCUUUGGGUUC